UCUUUUACCCUCAGAUCGAUCGGGAGGAAAAGGAGAAACAUAGAAAAUGCUAGAGAAACUCUGGGAUGAUGUUGUGGCCGGACCUCAGCCGGACCAUGGCCUUGAUCUGUUUAGAAAGAUCUCUACCACCGUUAGAGCUGGUGAAGAAGGGAGCAGGUAUCAGAGGUCGCUGUCGAUGCCGACGAGUCCAGGGACACCGGUGACGCCAGUAAUGCCGACGACACCUCAGUCCGCCCGCAAGGACAACGUGUGGAGGAGUGUGUUCCAUCCGGGCAGCAACCUUGCAACCAAAACCAUAGGGGCCGAGGUUUUUGACAAGCCGGCACAGCCCAACUCUCCCACCGUUUAUGACUGCAACCAAACAGAAGCUCAGAGAAGGAAGGAAAACGUGGCUCUUUGUUUGGUAGGCGUGUGGAAAUAGAUCAAUAGAUAUGUAAUGGCUCUACGGUGUGGAGAGCAGGAGCGUGCAUCGCUGAGGAGGUGGCAGGCUAAGGGUUAGCCACGUUUGAAUGUAAAGAGAAGUUUCUAUGUUUCGUGUCUCUUGUUCUCCUCGUCGGCCAGGUGUCCUAUAAUGUGAUUAAUUGUCAUCAUCUUGUGUAGUUUGUGUGUGAGACAUGAGAGGUGACAGAGGCAACUGUGCCCUUUUUUGAAUGAUGCCAAGGUUCUGUAAUGCUGCGGUGGCAUUUGAUGGUCUCCGGUGAUCGGAGAUCAGCCGCGCACGGCAGUGAGUAUGAACUACUCUUUUUUAUGAAGUGAAUAAAGGAUCCUAUUUCAU